GUGUGUCAAAAACUAAAAUCUCUAUCAAACGGACAGCAUUUUAUAUAUUUAUAUCCAUACGCAGAAUCAAUACGCAAUCAUAACGUGUCACGUGUGAACUAUAGCGGGCUCAAAGUCAGUCGGGGGAGGAUUCAGCGGGUCUCUUUAGAUCAGAUCUGUCGCUGAACAACUGAAGGAAAUGUUCCACACACUUCUGUUCUGUUGGUGUUGUCUGACCGGUGUGUUUGGUGAAUCGGUGUCAGUGAUGGAGGGAGAUUCUGUCACUUUAAACACCGAUCUCACUGAAAUGCGUGAAUAUAGCAGCAUACUGUGGAAAUAUGGAUCUAAAAAGGCUCUAAUUAUUGAAUGCAGCAGACUUUUUGGGAUUUUCACACAUAAUUACACCGAUGAGAGAUUCAGAGACAGACUGAAGAUAGACGAUCAAACUGGAUCUCUGACCAUCACGAACAUCUCAACUCCACACGCCGGAGAUUAUGAAGUAGAGAUAAGUGGAAUUAAAGUAUCAUCCAAAGAAUUUAGUUUAAAAAACAUCAACCACAGAGUUUCUGUCUAUGCUCGUCUCCCCGUCCCUAACAUCACUAGAGAUUUUUCAGAAAAUCUAUCAUCAUCUUCAUCAUCAAAUUGUUCAUUGUUGUGUUCGGCGGUGAACGUGGGUCAUGUGACUCUCUCCUGGUACAAAGGAAACAGUUUAUUGUCCAGCAUCAGUGUGUCUGAUCUCAGCAUCAGUCUCUCUCUACCUCUGGAGGUGGAACAUCAGGAUAAAAACACCUACAGCUGUGUGAUCAACAACCCCAUCAGAAACCAGACCACACAUCUGGACGUCUGUGAACUUUGUUUGUCAUGUCCAGAUCGAGGCUUACCAUUAUUGUACAUAGCGCUGAUUUCUGGAUCUCUGUUGAUCGUCGCUGCCGUCGUGAUGUACUGCAUCUGCAAGAAAUGUGGAAAAACUGACAAAGAAGUUCAGACCUGUGAGGAAAUGAUAACUUAUGCUGAGCCAACGAUCUACAAAAGAAAUGCACCAGCGAAUGUUAAAAACGAGGACAACGUGGUGUAUGCACCUAUCAUCAUGACAAGGUGAUCGAGCUUUUCCUGAGCUGUACCCUAUCUGUAUUACCACUUAAACGUCCGUAUAAAGUCUAGCGAUGAGUUUUGGCCGGUGUCACAUGCAAGACUUCAGGAAAUGUUCUCUUUGAUGUUCUGUUACCUUUUGUCCAUCCAUUAAAGGUCUGCAGCUUCAAAAGCUAAAUAAAAGCUUGUUCGAUGUGCAGAAACAA